AUGGUGGGCAAUGAAACUAGCAAGCAGUUCUUGCCAACAUCUACAGAUUUUAGUACACUGGAGAACAUGCUACAAGAUCCCUGUGCGAUGCCGGUGAAUCUGCCCAUGGAUUUUCUGAAAGCCAUCACGCGUGAUUUCUCUGAGGAGCAAGAGCUGGGAAGAGGUGGGUUCGGAGUCGUUUACAAGGGGGUUCUUCGAAAUGGGAAGACGAUCGCUGUGAAGAAGCUUUCUGAAAUACACCUGGAUGAUGCUCAGUUCCAGAGAGAAGUUACUUAUCUUAUCGGGUUGAAGCACCAAAAUAUCGUACAACUUGUAGGCUAUUGUGCUGAAUCACGGUGGGAGGCGACCCCAGUAAACGGGAAUUAUGUCAUGGCUGAAAUACGAAAAAGGCUGCUCUGCUUCGAGUAUCUGAAUAACAAGAGCCUUGAUAAGCACCUUUCUGCUGAAUCUUGUGGACUCGAGUGGCACAGGAGAUACGAGAUAAUUAAAGGAAUUUGCUGCGGUUUGCAUUACCUUCAUAUGGAAUGCCAUAUUAUUCAUUUGGACCUUAAACCUGAGAACAUAUUGCUGGAUGACAAUAUGGUGCCAAAAAUUGCAGAUUUUGGUUUGUCGAGACUCUUUGGCCAACAACAAUCGCGAAUUAUCACCGAAAGUCGUGGGGGGACACUUGGAUACAUGGCACCAGAAUACAUAAAUCAUGGCUUGUUGUCAAUCAAGUCAGAUAUAUUCAGUUUAGGCGUUAUUAUCAUAGAAUUAAUGACGGGAUCGAGGGACUCUUCAUCGAGAAUGUGCGAUGAGCCAGUGGUUCGGAAAUGGAGGGACAGGUUGGAAAAGACACCGAGAUACAUACCCUUUGAAAUAUACAGUCAACAAGUAACCACAUGCAUCGUGUUAGGACUAAACUGUGUCGACCAUGACCCGAAGAAAAGGCCUGCUGCUUUGGAGAUAAUCCAAAUGCUUAAUGAUGUAGAGAGUAUGAAUCAGCAGACAUCGGAAUCACAAAUCAGCACAGUUUCCAACAGUGCAUUGCAAACACCAUCAAUUCAGAGAUGGAAUUUAGCACAAUAUUUGAAUAGAGCAUCUAUUUCAAGAACUAUAAAUAUAAGCAGUGUGUUCACCUCUGCCAAAGGAAUGAAGAUAUCUAUUCUGUGCUUCGAGGUUGCCAAUACAAUUUUCAUGGCCUCCAUUCUGAUGACAACCCUCUCCAAACAUAGCAUGAAACAUCUGAAUGAGAGCGUGCUUCUGUCCGAAGGUGUCCGCCGUCUGAUUUCAAAAGAUCACAAUCACUUGCUUGUUCUUGCUGAAGCUAGCAUACGAGAAGAGUUUAGGCGACUUUCCACAGAGGUUGUUCGGUUUGGGAAUCUUGCUCAAGAUCCUCUAUGGCACAACUUGGAUAUAUAUUUCCACAGAGUUUGGGCGGCUAGAUUAAAGUCUGAACUGGCACCUCGGAAAAACUUGAACUACGCAGCAAUUUCCGGUAUACAGUAUCUGAUAAAGCUUGUACAGCGCACUGCGGAGCUGUAUAGAGAAAUGUCUGCAUUGGAUGCAUUGGAAACGCUUUACAUUAGAACAGAAGAUCCGAGUGCGAGCGAUGUAAUACAUAGUUCAGUGAAGAACCAAAGAAAUGUUGUGAAGAACUUGAAAAAGAAAUCACUUUGGUGCAAGACGACAGAAGAUAUUCUAGAGAAACUUGUAGACAUCAUGAUCUUCAUGCAUUUCAAGAUCAACAGUGCUUUCCUGAAGAACGAUGGAGAUCAAUCUGAAAAGCUAGCGAGCAACCUUUGUCAAACAUUAGGGCCUGAUGGGAGUGCAUUGCAUUAUGCCAAUGUCAUUUUGCAGAUAAAUACUUUGACGACGGUGGCAGAGGCUAGAGCUGAAAUGGGCAGAAUACUUCAAUGGCUUGUGCCAGUUGCUGAAUCGACAAGAUUGUAUUACAAGAAUGGAGCGUUCGGAAAAUGGGAAUGGGCGAUGAAAGGAAUGGAGGCUGUAGAUGGCGAUGAAAUGCAAUGGUCCGGACCAGAAGAGCGUCAGAUCAUCGUCAGUGCCAUGAUAACGCAUGAAAAUGCCAAAGCGAACAAGAUGGAAACACUGUAUUACGCCGACAAGGAGAGGACUGAAGGUUACAUACUGGACCUAAUCUGUGCGCUUCAUUGUCUCGUUUGCUAAAAAAUGGAUGAACAAGACCUUCCAUCCAAUGUUCUUAGGUAUCUAUUGGCCAAAAUCCAAUAGAAGUUGUAUUUUUCAAACGUUGUCUGGAAUGCAACUUGGGUACGACCUAUUGGCCAAAAUCCAAUAAAUGGAAACUUUUAAGAAGAA